AUGGCGCAAGCGAUCAUCGCCCAAUGUGCGAAGGUCGACAAAGCAGGCACCGGGACCGUGAAGCAUGACUUGCUCGCGAAGGCUCUGAAAGCUGCCCUGCCCGAUGCAUGGCACGACGACGAGAUUGAGUCGCUCUUGCAUCCCUGGGGAGAUGUUGUGGAAUACAAGGACUUCGUCGGAUGGCUCUUCCGCGAUCGCUCACCCGUCCAUGCGCUGCGGAGACGAAGUUCUUUCAAGGUUGCCAUCUUCUCUUGUGCACCGUACGACCGCGAGUGGUUCGACAGAACCAAUCAGGAGCUAGGCUGCAACUUCGACUUCGAAUAUCACUCUGAGCAGCUCAACAUCGACACGGUGUCCCGCGCCAGGGGCUGCUCGGCGGUGUGCACCUUUGUGAACGACUUCGCAGGGGAAGAUGUGGUCAAGGCAUUGGCGGAGGAGGGUGUGAAGCUCAUUGCUCUGCGGUGCGCUGGCUUCGACCGUGUGGAUCUCCAGGCGGCAAAGGAAGCCGGCGUCACAGUGGCUCGGGUGCCGGCCUACAGCCCCUAUGCUGUCGGGGAGCAUGCUGUGGCGCUGAUGCUGUCUCUGAACCGACGCAUCCCCAACUCCUAUCGCAACAGCCGGCUUGGCAACUUCAAGCUGGAUGGUCAGCUGGGCUGCGACAUGCACCGAAAGCGUGUCGGCAUCAUCGGAACCGGCUUGAUCGGGACGAUCGCCGCGACUGUCUUGAAGAAGGGCUUCGAGUGUGACGUGGUCGCCUACGACGUCUUCCCGAAUCCGAAGAUCAGUGACCCUGCGCCGAACGGUCUGGGAAUUCCCUACCUCGACCUGGACACGGUCCUUUCCACCUGCGAUUUCAUCUCGCUUCAUGCACCUCUGUUACCGUCCACGAAGCACCUGAUCAAUGCGGAGAAGCUGAAGAUCAUGAAGAAAGGCAUCAUGAUCGUGAACACCUCUCGCGGCGGACUCAUCGACACGGCGGCGCUCAUCCAGGGUCUGAAGGACGGCACCAUUGGGGGAGCUGCAAUGGACGUCGUCGAAGGGGAAGCUCCCUACUUCUUCAGGGAUUUCUCGACCAGCUGCAUUACGGACGACAACAUAGCAACGCUGGUUCGCAUGCCCAAUGUGAUCCUGACCCCGCAUUUGGCGUUCUUCACCAAGGAGGCGCUGAAGACCAUCUCCGACACCACCCUGAAGAGCAUGCAGGGUGUUCGAGAGUGCACGGGGCCGCCGAAGCAGAAUGGAGUGCUGGACACUGUCUGUCUUCCACCAGAGGCGCCCAAGGACAGCGCAAAAGGUGGGUACCCUCCAACCCGUCAUCAAGAGCGGAGCCAGCGAAUGGCUUUCAUGAAGGAGCUUCCGGCACCUGGUCCAGAGCUGAAGGAGAAAGACCUUCCGGCCUUGGAGAACGCGCACUCGCGCCCCUUUCGUGUGGCUUUCUACUCUGCAAUGCCGCACGACAAGGAGGUUUACGAGAAGAUGAACGAGGAGUUUGAUGCGAACAUUACUUUCCAGUUCUUCAAGGCCGCCCUGUGCCCUGAGACAGUCGAGCAGGCGAAGGGCGCCGAUGCGGUCUGCGUCUUCGUUCAUGACGACUGUUCUGCGGAGAUCCUGGCCACACUGAAGGAGUUCGGGGUGAAGAUGGUCGCGCUGCGCUGUAGCGGAUUCAACAACGUGGACGUGGAGACGGCCGACGAGCUGGGCUUAGCCAUCGCCAGGGUCCCUGCGUACUCGGCCUUUGGCUCCGGUGAGCAUGCCGUGGCCCUGGCCACGUCGGUGAACCGCAGCAUCCCGCAGGCCACAGAGGGCACCCGGCGCUCGAACUUCACCCUGAACGGCCUCCUCGGCUUUGACAUGGUGGGCAAGAAGGUCGGUAUCAUCGGCACCGGACGCACAGGGUGUGUGGCCGCUCGAAUCUUCAAGAAUGGAUACCGCUGCGAUGUCAUUGCACAUGACAUCGAAGAGAACGAGUUGGUUCGUGACGCGCCGCCGGCUGGCCUCGGCAUUCCCUACGUGUCCUUGGAGGAGCUACUCCGAACGAGCGACAUCAUCUGCUUGCAUGUGCCGCUGCUGCGCGAGACAGCCAAGCUUAUCAACGCCGACGCCAUUGCCAAGAUGAAGCGAGGUGUGAUUCUGGUGAACGUGUCCCGCGGUGGGCUGAUUGACACGAGAGCUCUCAUCGACGGCCUCCGACAAGGCAUCGUUGGCGGAGCCGGCCUGGAUGUCGUAGCUGAGGAAGGCGAGUACUUUCACCGGGAUUGGAGCAACAAAGUCAUACAGAGCGACGAUCUGAUGACGCUCAUCGGCUUCAACAAUGUGGUGGUCACAUCGCACCAGGCCUGGUUCACGAAGGAAGCCUUGCGAAGCAUCAUCCACACCACGCUGUGCAACCUCAACGCUGCGAGGAAUGGUGUGCGGCCACCAUGGCAGCGUGGGAAGUACGAUACCUUGGUGACUACACAGUGCCUUUCCCCACGGAAGAGGCGGCACUGA